AGGGAACUAGCUCUGGUCGAGUGACCAGAGCUGGGGGCUCCUGCCUGAGAACUCCAGCUUCUCUUCCCCAGGUGCCCAUCUGAUGAGGAGAUGGCUGAUGCCCAGAACAAUUCGCUGGACAGCCCAGGGAGUGUGGGGGCUGUGGCAGUGCCUGUGGUCUUUGCCCUCAUCUUCCUGCUGGGCACAGUGGGCAACGGGCUGGUGCUGGCGGUGCUGCUGCAGCCCGGCCCAAGUGCCUGGCAGGAGCCAGGUAGCACUACAGAUCUAUUCAUCCUCAACCUGGCGGUGGCCGACCUCUGCUUCAUCCUGUGCUGCGUGCCUUUCCAGGCGGCCAUCUACACGCUGGACGCCUGGCUCUUUGGAGCCCUCGUCUGUAAGGCCGUGCACCUGCUCAUCUACCUCACCAUGUAUGCCAGCAGCUUCACGCUGGCCGCCGUCUCAGUGGACAGGUACCUGGCCGUGCGGCACCCGCUGCGCUCGCGGGCCCUGCGCACCCCGCGCAACGCCCGCGCGGCCGUGGGCCUCGUCUGGCUGCUGGCGGCGCUCUUCUCGGCGCCCUACCUCAGCUACUAUGGCACGGUGCGCUACGGCGCGCUCGAGCUCUGCGUGCCCGCUUGGGAGGACGCGCGCCGGCGCGCCCUCGACGUGGCCACCUUUGCAGCCGGCUACCUGCUGCCCGUGGCCGUGGUGAGCCUGGCCUACGGGCGCGCGCUGCGCUUCCUCUGGGCGGCCGUGGGCCCCGCGGGCGCGGCGGCGGAGGCCCGGCGCAGAGCCGCGGGCCGCGCGGGGCGCGCCAUGCUGGCGGUGGCCGCGCUCUACGCCCUCUGCUGGGGCCCGCACCACGCGCUCAUCCUCUGCUUCUGGUACGGCCGCUUCGCCUUCAGCCCCGCCACCUACGCCUGCCGCCUGGCCUCGCACUGCCUCGCCUACGCCAAUUCCUGCCUCAACCCGCUCGUCUACGCGCUCGCCUCGCGCCACUUCCGCGCGCGCUUCCGCCGCCUGUGGCCCUGCGGCCGCCGCCGCCGCCACCGCGCCCGCUGCCCCCCGGGCUCCCGCCGCGCCCUCCGUCGCAUCGGCCCGGCGUCCUCGGGCCCUGCCGGCUGCCCCGGGGACGGCUGGCCUCGAGGAAGGCUGCCGGCGGGCAGCGGCUGGGGCGGGCAGCCCGGGGGGGAGCCUGCCCGCGACGGAGAGGCUGCGCGAGCCCUGUCAGCCCGAGGAUGGGAAUAAACCUUGUUCGCCUGCACUCUGCUGGGUGUCCGUGUGUCAUUCCCCUUCCCCCAGGGCAGGACGCUACUAGGGGAUGGGCUAGGGGAUGGGGGCCAACGCUAGGAGCCCUCUGAGGAGCAGGGGCUGAGCUGGGGCUCCAGCCCUUUGAACACCCCUGGGCGGUGGAAAUGGGUCCACCUAGCCAAGCACAGCCUCCUGGCUCGGCAGCCCUCAGACUAUCCAUAGCCAGUGUGGCAGGAGGGCAGUCCCUCUGCCCAUCCCUGCAACUCCGCCAGCACCUUCUAGGCCCUGCUUCCUCCACCACCCUUUACCAAGCCUCUUCUCCUUUCCAGGCCCUGGCCUGGGUAAUUUAACACUAGCAGCUAAUACAGCAGAUAUUUAUUAAGCACCCACUAUGUAUCUUGUGCGGUGCUACAUUCUUCAGUCUAAUUAUCAAAACAGCUUUGCAAGGUAUAAUUAGUUCCGUUUUAUAGAUGUAGAAAUGAAAAAUCAGAGGUUUAGUGAUUUGCACAAAGUCACAUGGCUAGUGUUCGACAGAGGUUGGAUUCAGACCCACUGCUGUCCAACUUUUUCUGCUCAGUGGAACCUCCUCCACCUCUAGGGCCUCUGCUCUCGGUUUCCAUGGUUUCCAAGGUUUUUCUUGGUUCUUCCUGAUUGGGCUUCAGCCCUCUUCCCCAAACCUACAGCUCCCCACAUUCGACUGGAUGCCCCGGAAACCUCAGGGCGCUUCCAGCCCCCUUCCUUCAGAGAGUUCUGUUCAGGUACUCAGGCCAGUGGGUCCUGGGUCCAUUGCCUGACCCAAACCCCCUGCAUUAUUCCUUCAGCCUUUCCGUGCUCCUGGCUCAGGAGAGAAACUGAGCCACACUCAGGCCCCAGCUGGCCUCCCAGCAGCCUCGGUGGCCCCUCCCUCCCUGUCCCUGCCCACAGCUGGGGUAGUCGUUGGCUGUGGAAACCUCCUAAUUAACCAAGAAGUCAGUCUCGAUGGUUGCAGAGCCGCCCACUUCCCUCCCUCCCUCACCACACACCAAUGUUUAUUAGCUUCUGGCCAAGGCCUGAGACCUCUCAGCUUCCAUGUUU